AUGUCCAUCCGGCCACGACCCUACGCUUCCGUUAAUCGAUAUGCCGUGCGAAGACCGACAUUCAUUCCACGAGCACCAGUUGCGCCAGCACGAGCCGGUGGUGCUGGACUCGCUGGUAUCAUCGGUGGCUUAGCUUGUCCAUUACUUUGUCUUGGUUGUCUAGCAUCACUAGCUUUACUCGGUCUUUUCGCCACUAUGAUCGCUGCUGCUGCUUACAUGAAUAAGAUCCAAAGUCAAAUUCGUAAAAAUGCUACAGGCGCUGGAUCUAUAAUGGAGCUGAACAUUCUGGUUCUUGCUUGUGCUCUCAUCUGCUCACUCUAUGUAUUAUCCAAACACCGCCGCAGUGUUGCUAGCACUUAA